AACGGUCACACCUGUAACAACCUAUCGAAAUCGUCCCUGUACCGGCGAAAGUUCGAUAGCAAAGUUAUAUGCAUAUUUAUUAUACAAGUUAGUGCCGAUGAAAUAACAAAAAUGCCGUCAAUAAAGCUACGGAUACCUUCCAACCGGACACUGGGAAAUAUAUGUGUAUACGGCGCAGUUGUUUCCAUUUCGGCUGUAAUGUAUAUGCGCUGGAGGCUUCAGGACCGCGUCCGAUCCACAGAGUACUACAAACUGGCUAUGCAAACACUGCGUCAACAUAAAGGAGCUGUCGGAAUACUCGGCGAGCCUAUAAGAGAAUCGGGCUUUGAUAUGGCCAAUGUGAACAACACAUGCGAUGCCAACAAAGCACAGCUCGAGGUUACAGUUCGUGGCCCGAAGGACAAGGGUACACUUUUCUUUUGGGCCACGAAUAACUUGGACCAGGGCUGGCUCAUUGAUCGAUUAGAGCUGGAAGCGAAACAGCAUCCCAAUAAACGUUUCCUGCUCAAAAAGUCAGAUGAACAGACCUUGAUCGAUAGCCUCACCCAGUCACAACAGCAUCAAGAAGAGCAGCAAAGGUACAUGGAGCAGGAAAGGCAAUACCUUGAGAGGCAAGAGAAGCAGCGAAAGUCAUCGGAAGAGCAUGAUGAGGAAUUCCAUUAUAGCAGUCGCAAGCAACCGCAGCCACUACACGAGGCAGAGGAGCCGACGCCAUAUAUCCAGACGGCGGAUGGAGGUCGCAUGCGUUAAAAAUUCUGACAGUGAUUUCAUUAAUUUAUUCUCAUUAAAUUUGACUAAUUAAGCA